UUGACAGCUGGACGGUGUGGGACCGGAAGUAAUUGGUUGCUAUGGGAUAAUGGGGUGGGAGAGUGUUUGCUUCUCACCACAGGGAAACUCAGCCGCAGCAGCUUGAGAAUAGGCUCGUUAGUGAGAGGGAGAGAAAAGAGGCGGAUAGGAUGAUGUUGCUCAAAGGUUGUGCUCGUCGGUUGAAAAAACGCUGCUAAUACAAAAUACUUUCGUAAUGGCAGCGGAAUUUAGCGUGAACGCCGUGUGGCAGUUUCUUUCGGACAGAGGAGGGAAAGUGCCGAGUGCUGUGCUGCUGGAACAUUUCACAGUUUUUCUGAACAACCCCAAUACGAGGGCAGACGCUCGAGGGCUGUUCAAAGAGUUUGUGAACAAAGUGGGGCUGGUGGUCCAAGAAGACGGGGUGAAAUACGUUUGUUUGAAGAAGAAGUACCGGCAUCAGAUUAACUGGUCUGAGGUGCCUGCAGAUGGUAAAGGGCAUGGUAGGAAAGACAGUGAUGGUGCAGCCGACGGUGUGGAAAAUGGUGACAGACAAUCUGGAGCAAUCGGCAGUGGUUCGUCUGCAGAAGGGAGAAAACAAAGUGCAGGUGCAGAAGCUUUGACAGAUCCGCCUAAAUCGGUACUUUCGGCGCCAGUAGGUGACGGUGGGUAUUCGGUCAACUCGUAUGAUGAGAAAUGCAAUGAAAGCCAACAGACUGAAUCGGUGGACCAGCACAGUGCUGAAGAAAGGCGAGUUGCAAGGCACUCCCCUAUAAAUGGUACGAGCGCACAAGUUGCUUCGUCAAAUGGAACUCCAACUGUGUCAAAUAUGAACACAGAAAUGAAGAAUCACGUCCAAAACGAGCAUAAUCAAGCUACGAAAUUGGUGAGUGAAUCCAGCCAACUAAUUACUGAGUUGGACGAAACAUUGGUACAUCAAGACUUCUGUGACAGUGUUCAGAAAACGAAAAAUGGUGGCGAUCUGCUUGGCAGUUUCUACAAUCCGGGCGAUGAUAGAAAAAGCACUCUAACCUGGAAUUUGUCUGAAAGCACCGCAAAGCAGGCGCCAGAAUCCGAAAAAAUAGAAAACCUUGACUCCACAGAACAUGAUAUUAAGUCAAAGAAUGAAAGUAAAAUGUUAAUUAUACCUUACUGCAACUUUUCACCUGCACAAGUCAGGAUAAGCCCAGACAUUAAUGUCCGAAGAUCUUCCCGAAAGCGUUUACAACGAAGCGUGGCAGUUAAUCGAUCAAGCAGCCUUUGUGAUGAUGGAAGCACAAUUGAGAUCUCGACCAAUGCAUCCAGCUCAACUGGUGAAAGCUUGUUAAGCACACCCAGGUCGAGUAGGAAAAAUUUUAGAGAACUUAUGAUUAGCAGUUCACCUCAGCUGAGACAUAGUGUUGCUUACAGUAACUCUGCCGCCUUUCUAAAUAUUAAACAAGGAGAUUUGGGAUCUGAUCGAAAUGAUAGUGACUCCUCUUUGACUUCAAAACUUGGUGAUGAAGAUACAGGGUCAGUAGCACUUGAUCCCUUGGAACACGAGUGGAUGUUGCAUGCUUCGGAAGGCAGAUGGGAUAGCCUCAAAGCAUUACUGACAACUGAUCCCAGUCUGAUCACUUGGAAAGAUUUUGUCACUGGGUUUACAUGCCUUCAUUGGGCAGCAAAACAUGGUAAACCAGAAUUACUGGCAAUGCUAAUCAAUUAUGCAGCCAAACAUGACAUUCCAAUCAAUAUUAAUAUUCGGUCUAGUGGCGGUUACACCCCUCUGCAUUUGGCUGCUAUGCAUGGGCAUGCGGAAGUAGUGAAACUGUUGUCUGGAGCCUAUGAUGCUGAUGUUGAUAUUAGGGAUUAUAGUGGUAAGAAGGCGUGGCAAUACCUCAGCCAAGAUACUUCUGAAGAGUUGAGGGGUCUUAUCGGUGCAUCUAGAAACACUGAUUCUGAAAGCACGUUGCAGAAUGAAAGUGGACGUUGGAGACUGUCAAAGGUUCUUCCUGCCAAUCUGACCCACAAACUGUCCAGUGCUCCUGAAGAAGAGGCUUAUACCGAUGGCGCAAUUACAAAACCAGUCAGCCGGAAAACCUCAACUAAUAAGAUAAAAUUCAAUCGAAUAAGAUUUAAAACACAAGUCAUUCAUUCUCCACCUUCCCUGCAAGGAAUAGGUGAUCAGAGAGAUCCAAAAAAUGCAUUGAAACUCAGACCUAAGUCAACUAUUUUUGGAUAAAACCAUCAUAAGAGAUUCCCAAGAAGAGCUGAAUGUAGUAUAAAACAGUUUAUUUUCACUACACUUAAUAUAGUUAUUAAAUCAAUGUUGCCAACUUGAACGUUUUCACUGUCGGCAAAGGAAAUAUUUGGUGCAUAUUUGUUAGGUGCCUUCUAAUGAAUUAUGCUAAUUAUCUGUAUUUAUCUCCUACUCGAAGUAUUGUUUUAGUCCUAAAUUGCAUUUUUCCACUAGAGUUGGCACUCAUAAUUGACAGAAAAAGUCCUCUAUUUUAGUUCAUUGCUAUAGCAUUUAGAAAUACAUUAAAUUUGCCAUACAACUGGAGAACAUUGAGAUAGGACAGAAAACCCUGCAGACUGUUGUUCUAUAAAAUUGUUGUCAUACUUAUGUAAUAGUAAUGGAAUGCCAAGUGUCAGUGUAAAUCUGCAUUGUAAAAUAUUGAGAGACCUGGUGCAUUCAGUUUCUGGUUCGUGGUGACAUUAUAGUGCUUCCAAAUGUUAAUCUAAUAGUUCAAUUGCAAAUACCUGUGAAUAACAUUGAAAGUAAUUUCAGUGAUUUUAAAACAAAGUAGAAGAAUUUAGUCUUUGAAAUGCAGCCUUGGUUUCAUUAAAAGGUUACUACAAGUAGUAACUAUGGUUAUUACAAGUUUAAAUCUAUGUUAUGUAAGUUAUGACCAGAUGUGCUACUUUGAAUGUAAUAAUGGUGAUUGGUUAUGCUGAUAAGAUGGCUAGAAUGAGACAGGUUCUAAGAGGGGCAUUCUUUCUCUAAGUAACGUAACACAUAAAUAUUAUGAAAUAGCAUUUGUAAACUUAAAAGAUGCUAAUUGACUAAAUAUAUCUGUAAUAGAAUUUUUCAUCCUCCACUUAAGAAAAUAUAUUAUGAUAGAACCUAUUUUGUGUCUCCACUUCCACCCCCCCCCCCCCCCCCCGACAAGCAUGUGCACACACACCCAAAGGAGGACAGUAUAAAAUCUUAUAAAAUGUUAUAUAAAUUUAUAGGAAUGAAUUUUGUUUCAGGAAUCUGUUUUAAGAGGUGAAAUAGGAAAAUUAUAUUUCAUGGUGCACCGAGAAAUCAUAAUCAUAAUCGGGCUGCUCCUUUUAGUUUUUGCAGUUAGAUUCCAGAGAAGUCCUUUUCUUUUACGGAUACUUGCAAAAUAUACUGCCAAUAAAUGGAUUAACUUUUAGUUGCCCUUAGUGCAGCUUCUAGAAAAAUGAAAUGAAGCUCAUUAAGUUGUUGAACCACAUACUGGCUCAGUACAUCAUGUUCAUACUGCCCUGAAAAUACCAGCGACUUUUCUUUCAAAGCUGAAAUGCUGCUUAAAUUAAGGUGGACAUUAAUUUCAAUAAUUAAGUGAAAGCGUAGGUACUAUUGCUAUAGGAAUUAACUGUGAAUGUUUUCAAAAACAUCUCAAUAUGCCUUUAGUCAUAUAUUAUGGAAACUUAAACAUCAUAUCUCUAUUUGCUAGUGUAAUAUAGUUUCCUGAAUCCCAUGACAAGUCUGUAAUUUUCUUCCUUCAGAUUAAGUAACUUGAUUUGUAAUAAAAUUUACUGUGGAUUAAAAUUGUUAUCCUAUUUCCAAACAAUAGAAACUGGGCUUAGUGUGUUGAAUGUUGUGGUUUAUAAGUGUUUCUGCAGAUGUAGAUGGUGUCAGAUAGGCUGUGUUGCAUUUGAAAUAUUGUUUAAUUAGGCUCUUAAAGGAUACUACAGUUUUAAGUUGUAACAAACUGUUAACUCUGUUCAGAAUUAUAGAAUGUAUAGUCUUGAACUGCACAAAUUACAGAAACUGGAUUGCUUGUGGCACUGAGCAAAGCUCUAUGUUUAAUGUAAGAUAAUUAAUUGUUUUCUUAAACAUCUCUCAGAUUUGUUUUCCAGUAUAAGCCAUUUUGCUUUAGUGGCCCUUUAAAUGUCAUUCAGAACAUGUAUAUUUUAUAACACAUUUCAUGGUCAUUUAGUCCUUAUGGAUAUGCCUUAGAGGUUUGGAAAACUAUUACUAUUAACCUCUGCUAUACUUUUCGUCUCCAUAUAAAUUUCCCAUAAAAAGGGGUUUUGAGGACGAGAUAAUCUUAACUGAAUUGGUACUGGAUGUAUGUUCAUGGCACAGAAUUAAAUGCAGUUUGGCAAAGAUUGGCAGUGUUAUUCAGAGAAUUGCAAGGAUAGCUAACGUGAAAGACUUAUAAUGUUUGCUGUCUGUGCGUUCUAAUUUUGGAGAUAUUUAUUUGGAAAGAGUAGGUUAUGAUCUACUGCUGACAUUUGCCAUAAAUGACAAGUGUUUACAAUGUUGACAAGUAGUAAAAGUGGAAAAAGACUGUUCUGGUUCCUUUCACUGAUUUCCUCUGGUAUAAUGAGUACAAAACCACUUUUGGUGCUGUGGACUGAAAAAGCCAAACCAUUGUGCCUGGCACAACUUGAACUAGAGUGACAGUCAGACCAUUCUUUCGCAGCCAGUAAGAGACACUGAUGCAGUAUUAGGUAGGGCAGGAGAGAAUAGGGAGAAGGCUAAUAGCAGAGUCUGAUAAUUAAGCAAAAGAAAUGCUAGUUUAAAGAAUAAACAAGUUGGCAUGAAAUCAGAAACAAGAUUAGAAAUUACUAGAAAAUCUCAACAGGUUUGGCAGCAUCUGUGGAGACAAAGCAGAGUUAACAUUUCAA